AAGCUCCUCCCCAGACACGGUGUUCCCAUUAUACUUCCUUAAAAUCCUGCCAAUAUAAACUUGCACACUGACCUACUUUAGCAACAAAGGAACAGAGCUUCAGAUUCAGAGGACUCUCAAACUUAUGGAACCAAGGAUGUUUUGGUACGUGUGUGUAUUGCUGCUGGCAGUCUCAGCGUUGGGCCACAUUGAUGAAACCACUCUGGAAGCCCAGUGGGAGCAAUGGAAGAUUACACAUCGGCGAGAAUACAACGGCUUGGAUGAAGAGGGGAUCCGCAGAGCGAUCUGGGAGAAGAACAUGCGAAUGAUUGAGGCUCAUAACCAGGAGGCAGCACUGGGCAUGCACUCCUAUGAGCUGGGGAUGAACCACCUGGGAGACAUGACAUCUGAGGAAGUGGCUGAGAAGAUGACUGGUCUACUGGUCCCAAUGGAUAAUGAGAGGAGCUUCACUAUGGCAUUUGAUGAGUCUGUGUCCAGGCUUCCCAAAUCUGUCGACUACCGCAAGAAGGGCAUGGUGACCGCAGUGAAAAACCAGGGCUCCUGCGGCUCCUGCUGGGCCUUCAGUUCUGCCGGGGCACUUGAGGGCCAGCUGGCCAAGAAGACAGGUCAGCUGAUUGACCUCAGCCCUCAGAACCUGGUGGACUGUGUCAAGGAGAAUGACGGCUGUGGAGGAGGGUACAUGACCAACGCCUUCAAUUAUGUGGAGGAAAACGGAGGCAUCGACUCUGAGGAAGCCUACCCAUAUGUUGGACAGGACCAGCCUUGCCGCUACAACUCGUCAGGCAUGGCUGCCCAGAUCAAAGGCUACAAAGAAGUGCCAAAAGGUAAUGAGCGAGCGCUGGCAGUGGCACUCUUCAAAGUGGGCCCAGUGUCUGUGGGCAUCGACGCCACCCAGCCCACCUUCCAGUUCUACCAGCGAGGCAUUUACCAUGACCCCAACUGCAAUAAAGAAGACAUCAAUCAUGCCGUGCUUGCAGUUGGCUACGGUGUAAACACCAGGGGAAAGAAAUUCUGGAUCGUCAAGAACAGCUGGGGAGAGAACUGGGGUAACAAAGGGUACGUCCUGAUGGCACGUAACCGUGGCAAUCUGUGUGGCAUCGCCAACCUGGCCAGCUAUCCCAUCAUGUAAAAGAAUCUGA